AACACAGCCUUAAAUGUUGAGAGUAAUGAGGAUGAGAGUGGCCUCUAGGCCCACUUCCACCAAUGCAUUCCAGAACAACUCAAAAAUGAUUGGUUUCCAAUUGCUAGCUCCUUCACAAGCAGCUUGAAUCAACAAUAAACUUGGAUAUACUCCUUCCAGAGGGUUUUUCUGGGGAAGCAAAAAGGAAGAAACAAAAGAUGAAAUUAAAAUUGAGCAAGAAGUCGUAGAAGAAGUCCAAGCUAAUGAUACAAUCUCCGACCAAGUCAUUGACAUUUCUGAUUCCGCUUCCUCCUCUCAGGGAACUAUUUUCGAAACUAUUAUCAAAGAUGCUCCUCAAGUGACACCUGAACCCUCAUAUGAUCAUCAAAAUGCUUUCCAAGCAUUUAGAUGGUAUGAUGAAACAGAUACAGCAAAUAUUCUUAAUGCUGUUACUCCAACUUACACUGACAAUAUCAUUGAUGGAGGAUCGACUUAUGGGUUCUGGGAACUUCUCGAAUAUUUAGACGAUAUUUUCUACAACCAAUGGAUCUAUUUAGCAGAAGAUUGAGGCCUCGGGCUUGGAGGUGGUCUCCUCGCAACCUCUUUUGCUGUCAGAGUUUUGUUCCUCCCUCUUCUUAUGUAUUCCCAAGCAACUGGACAAAAGAUUAAACUAUUGACCCCAGACCAGAAUGAUAUCCAAGAAAGAAUGAAAAGACACAUGAAGACAGGAAAUAGAGAGGGAGCCAAAAUUGAGAGACAGAAGAUGAAGCAGCUCCGUUCUAAACAUGGAAUUUACCCUGCUCUUUCAUUCCUCAACAUAUUGCAGUUCCCAAUUCAUAUGGUCUUUAUCUCAAUGAUUAAUAGGCUGUCAUACAACUACGAUAUUAAGCCAGCAAUUUUAUCUGAUGGUUUCCUCUGGUUCCAGGAUCUUUCGUCCCCAGAUCCUUAUGGAAUCCUUCCUAUUAUUGGAGGAAGUGUGACUCUUCUCAAUAUAAUGUCUACCUCAACCACCAAUGUAAGCCCAAUGAUGAGAAGGAUGAAGAGGUACAUGUACUUCUUGCCAUGAAUGACAAUCCCAAUAUGGAUGACAUUCCCAAGUGCAUUCAACAUGUACUGGAUGACCUCCUCUCUCCUCCAGCUGGUAGUCCUCAAUCUCUUCAGAAAUGACAAUUUCAAGAAAAUGAUUGGAAUUCCAAAGUACUUGCCUGGUACUAAACUUGAGAGGCUAAAUGCCAUCACUCCCAAGACAAAAGUGAUCAAGCCACAGCUAAUGAGAUAAAUAGUUUCAGUUGAGUAA